AAAGACAUGAUCCCGAUAUGGAAUUGAAAACGAAAUUUUUUGGCUGUCUGUCUGGUGAAAUCGCCAUGAUCAUUUUGGAUAUCUUGGAACUGAUAGUUGAGGUGAGCAAACGAUACUACUUUGAAUUAAAUUCAUAAAGAAAUUACCUUGUCAUACUGCAUGUAGUUCAAACCUCACUACUGUAGCAAAUAUCACAGGGUUUCUCUAUAGCUGCUAAGGCUUCCUCCUGUGGCAUCACUUGUCAGGAGAAAUUAGCCUUGUUAACGCCAUGCGACCAGACCUUGUUCCGCCAUUGUGCGGAAAAUAGACGGAAAAAAGAGAGGGAGUGAAUUUAGUGAAGUAGAAAUAUACUGCGUUUGUUUACGAGUGCUAUCUACUUCACAAAAUCUCUCUUUUAUGUGUUGUCAUCCUUUGUUGUUGCGCGGUUUUCCACACAAAAAUGGCGGACAAUGCCUCUGGUCGCAUGACGUGAAAAAUGCUGAUUAUGAUUUGCCCUUCUUAGGAGUUUUAACUGAUCUGAAAGCUCUCCAGUAGAGAUAAUGUUAUUAUGUUAUUUAGGCAGCCUUAAAAUACAUAGCGAGUGACCACAUUAUUUUUCAGACAUGCAAAUGCAGUAAUAUAAUUGUUGGUCAUUCAAGUGGUUUGCUACUAAAAUGUGUCCAAAUUGUAUGAUUGUUUGUAAAGGAAUGUAUUUUUUAUUUCAGACUUCAAUUUCAUCGGAUCAUUCUCAUACCAUUCUCACUGGUGUACUGAAGGUGCUACUUCAUUGUCUUAAUUGUUCUCAAAGUGAACGUGUUUUGCAGAGUAUGUUCCCAACACAGCGUUCAAUCGUCGCCAAGGUUAGUGUAUGUCAUUUGCAGAGCGGGCUUGGAUGUUUGAGGCAACCUUUGUACCUGAAAGUUAUGAAGAAACUGAAUACUUAAUUACGGUUUGAAAACCUUGGAAAGUUUGCUAGUCAUAUCGCGCCUCACAGAUAGCGAGACGUCCGCGUAUCCCCCUCCCCUGUCUUCUCCCGCAUCAAAUUGUGGAAUUAUGAAAUUGCUUUUCAAUGUAAAAAGGAUCUAAAGAAAAAUAUAAUUAUUGGCUAAGUUAUGCCCUCUUUCUUCCUCGCUUUUAGCCCCUCCCCCUCUUAUAUAGUCGUAUAUAGUAAUUGCUCUAUAUGCACCCUUAUUGAAAAAAUAUCUUGUUCUCAUUUUCUAGUAUCCUGAACUAUUAUUUGAAGAUGAUACAGAACUCAUAUCCGACCUGUGUUCUCGUUUACUUAAUCACUGCAGCUCAUCGUUAGCUAGCAUCCGAACUCAAGCAAGUGCCUCGUUGUAUUUACUCAUGAGACAGAAUUACCAAAUUGGAAAUGUAAGUUCACAUGAUGCAUUCAAGUUGCGUGCAAAGAUAUUUGACAUCAUUAUAUGUGCUUUAUUAUCCCCGAUCAAACAGGCCUAGGGCUUCCGGCAAUGGUUGCGGGCAAUAGGAUCCGGUCGACUAUUUACACCGGGGUGAAUGAAAGCAAUCUGUGUUACUAUGUAGUAAUUCAAUUUUAACGUUACACGUAUACCCGAAAUUAUAUUUUAGGCACCUGUACUAUACACAUGACUGACUUUUGAUUGACGAACUUCAAAAAAAGUUUGUUUAAAAAAAAUUCUUCUGGAAAACCUUUUCACUGCCAAAGGCGACUUUAAUCUCCCACAGGCGACAUAAAGCAAGCUGUAACCAAAUAAUCAAAAUUUUACUUUGUUCAUGGAUACAAAACAAUAAUAGAAAAAAAUGGUGUUAUUUUUGGCACUUUCUUUUUGCAGAAUUUUUCUCGUGUGAAAAUGCAAGUGACUUUGUCGCUGUCAUCCCUUGUUGGAACUCCCCAGGUAGGAUUUAUUGAGUGUAAAUAAUCGUUUAUAAAGCUUAGCGUUUUUAUCUGCAUAGUGUUUCAAUCUGAAUGGUACACAAGUAAUAGUAACUAUUUCAUUUGAAUAGAGUUGUUAUAAUGAGCUUUAAUAUAUUAUAUCUUUUUUUAAAUUACGUUUUAGUAUGUGAAUGGUGAACAUCUAAAACGAUCAUUGAAGACCAUCAUAACCUACGCUGAAACCGAUCAUGAACUAAAGAACACCAAUUUUCCAGAACAGGUAUAGAAAAUUCUCAUUCAGUUCAGUUUUCACACAGCUAUAAUUAUUAAUAGGCAUUUCGAUGUCUGCUCUAAUUAGCGUUGAAAAUUGGGAUUUGGAACUGACACCCUGUGUAACGCAAUCACGGUACCACGAAUAACGAAGAUUCUUGUUGGUAUAGCUACUGUUUAAUGUCUCCUGUUUGAACUAAUGUUGUUUUGAUAUUCUUUGAAGGUUCGUGAACUAGUGUUUAACCUGCACAUGAUUCUAACUAAUACAGUCAAGAUGCACGAGUUCCAUGAGGUAUGUUAUUUCACUGGAAUACAUCUACAUGUAUGAUCCUUACUGCGGAAAUAGCAUGUACUCUUGUGUGGGUAACAGUCUUAAAAUCUAAUUUCCACAUUAAUUGCCUUUCUGAUACUAUGCACGAUCAGAAGUUUCACAGUAAAAUUACCACGUCGCUGAGUAUUGCAUGGCCUCGUAGGCUCAGUCGGCAAAAAAUUUGGCGUGCUUUUCUUGUCUUGCUUUACUGCUCUACUUGCAACAAAAUAAGACUUAAAUUGUACGUUUAAAAUGUUCUUCAUUAAUCCUGAGUCACUGAUAUUGUUUUGUGCCUUUACUGUAGUCUUUUAUUAACCUUAAAAUUCUAUCAAUAAAUUGAAACAGUGGCGAAGCCAGCCCGACAAUUUGGUCAUGCGAUGCAAAUAUUUCCGUGUUCGUAGACUGUAAAAACAAUCAAUUUCUAAAUUUGCAUAGCAUCACCAAAUUGUCGGGCUGGCUUCGCUACUGAAUUGAAAACUUUGUUAGCUGUAUCUUGAAAUAAUUUCGUAGUUUGUCUCGUUAAUAUUCAGUGCACAUCAUCAUGUACAAUCUACGCAUGCUCUGUUAAGAUGAACACGAAGGGUAAUGAGUAUAUGAUGUGAAAUGUUUGGUGGAUUAAAUUAUGAAAUUCAAGGGCUAAGAUCUACUAAUUUGAGCACAUACUACUUUCAUUAGCCGGAGAUUAAAAUGUCUAUAUAGAAAAGCCUCCUAGGUGUGCUGAGCCAAGACGAAAUCGAUCUUGACGAGUUGACCAAACUGAAGAUUUCAUCUGACAAGUAAUCAAAACAUAGAUUAAUUUGAAAUUGAGGAUUGAAAUAUUUUAUUGCUAAGGAGAAGUUUUUCUUUUCCUACAGGCGUUGAAAUGAAUCCCUUAAAACAUAAUUUCCAAAGUAGAGAUUUCAAGUAUUGUGCUGUUUUUCAUUUCGUGGUAGCAUUAUUAUUUUGCAUUAUGUGUGAAUUUUGAAGCAUUUCUUUCGACGGCUAGAAAUAGCGAUCCUCUGUAUAUAAAAACGAUGUCCAGAAAUUUACUAAGUUUGCUAUUCUUGCUAAACAAUCUUAAUCUGACUUGAAUAGGAUCCUGAAAUGUUGAUUGAUCUAAUGUACAGAAUUGCCAAGGGGUAAGUCGUCAGCCUGCAUGAUUGAUUCUAUACCGUUAAGCUUUUUCCGGGAUGAUAAGUUGCGGAACUUCUUCAUGACCAUCAAAUCUGGUUUUGUUCGCUACCCUUGCUUUCUAUAUUAUGGUGUCCCUACUGUAAUGGCGUUUAACUGCAACAGAGGAUGAAACCAACCCUGAUGAACUUCUAAUUCGCGAAAGUCGUUUCAUUUCUAUUCUUAACGAAAAUUUUGUUCAUAAUCCUUGUCAUUGUCAUUUUACAUAUUGUUAGUUUUGAAAAGUAACACGUUUUGAAAAGUUAAGCCCCAAUAAAAAUGUUUAAUGCUUACUUCUCUACCUUGACCGUUAACUGUCACUCUUCUAAAUCUUCAGGUAUCAAACUUCACCAGAUCUGCGUCUUACAUGGCUACAAAAUAUGGCUGCUCAUCACACGAAGGUAUAACUUUCAGCACCUGUAUAUGCAUGCUUUUCAAGCUAACCCCUAACUGAUCUAUUAUAUAAUAAUAUUAAAUAAGAAAGGGUGAGUAUAGUCGUGUUUACACUACCAGCCUUGGCCUGGCCUUGGCCCACAUUUUGACAGUGUAAACAGACUUUGGCCUAGCCUUGGCCUGACCUAGGCCAGGAAAUCUGGGCCCACUACAACCGGUGGCCUAGGCCUGGGCUUGUGGAAAUGUAAACACUUUCGGCUCUGGCCUGGGCCUUAUUUUCAUUGCAACGUGUGCCCACAGUGAGAAAUUAGCGGACAACCAGCGGACAACGUCACAGCACAUAAAAAUACAGAAAAUUAAUUGCAAAAUUCUAGGCCAAAGUGAGCCAGUCUCAAAAAAUUUUAGUUUAAGUUCUGCCUGCAAAUUAUAGGGAUGGGAAAAAAUAUUUUACUUUCUGGGACCGCAACAGGUUCAUUGAAAAGUUUUCUGCAAAUAAUCAAGUGAAUCGACACUCGGACACUGUGUUUGAAACUAACAAGUUGUCAGAUUGAAUCUUAUAUUUUAACAGAAAAAUCAAUUUCAGUGCACUGAAAAUCUUAAUACUUUUAGGAAUAUAACAAAAAACUAAUUUAGAUAACAUGCAUCGAGGGGUCUGACCCAUUGAAAUGAAUAUAGGUUUAAGGUAAAUACAGAUGCAAAAAAAGGACACCACCAGGGGGAUCCAUGCUCUGCCUAAAUUUACUUAAAAUGCAUUUGCCAUACAACAUUUGUUACAUCAUUAAUUCUCUAGCCUAUAGAUUUAUACACUAUUACGCUAUUAAGUAAGAUGGAUGCACUUAUAAUUGCAUUUCCCAAGGCAUACCUAUACAAGUACAGGUAAUAUCUUUUCUAUUGGUUAGAAUCUUUAUCUUACAAUUAUCUUUUUUUCUUUCUUGGGGAAAUAUUUUUGGUAAAACCAAUGGUUCCGUGGUCCGAUACUUUUUCCACCCCUGCUGCACAAAAGUAAAUCGUAUUUCACAAAUAGAAUAAUAAUAACAGUAGCUUUAUUUACCAGGAUACCCACAUCACAUACGUCGUGUUCAUCAGUGGAGUUUUGGAUAAAUAAUACAAACAUUUACAAUAUUUAAACAGUAUAAAAAUAGAGAAAUAUUUGCAUCCACUGUACAACAAUGAUAAAAACGAACAAUUAAUUCAAUAAAUCAUUAAACAGUGCUAAUUUGGCCUGUAUAAGUGUGAAACAUGCCUCGAACAUUGUUCCGAAACCAGUCCAAAAGUACAUCAGGAAUGUGGGAUAUGAGAAUUUUCGGGUAUCGGUAUACUGGAAAAACUAUACCGAUAUUAUCGGUAUAUCGGUUUUUCGCCUUUUAAAUUAGAUAGGAAAAUUCCUUACUGGAGAUUUGAAGGAAAUUUUGAGUUUGAAUAAUUUGUAAAGUGGAAACACGGUUUAUGAUCAUUUCGAAGCUGUUUCGAAGGAAUUUGAGGUAGACAGACAUUGUUUUUAACACGAAAUGUCUACUUCUUUUACUUUGCAUUUGAGUAAAACAAAAAUUGAUGAUUUCGCCAUAUGCAUGGUGUGUAAAUUUGAUACGGUCUACCAAAAAAUUACGAUAUAUGGGAAAUUUCGACAUAUCGAUAUGACUGAAAAACUCAUACCAAUAUUGGUUUCAAUACCGAUAUUUUCGGUAUAUCGGUAUACCGAACAUUAAGUUUGAACAUUGUAAUUUGUAUUUUCAGUUAACCAAUCACCUGGAGGCAGCCAUGUGUGUGAUACACGCAGCAGCGUUGGUUGCAGAAUAUUUAUACUUACUGGAAGAUCAACCUCAUCUUCCUAUUGGCUGUGUUAGCUUUGAGAAGAUUUCUCCAAAUGUUCUUGAAGAAAGUGCAAUAUCUGAUGAUAUAUUAGCUCCCGUAAGUACUGACGUAAAAUACGCAGUCAAGUACCACAAAGGUAUCUUUUGUAAACUCAAAGUACCGUAUGAUAUAGUUGCCACAUAUUGACAUCAGAAAAUGUUGUUUUGGUACUUUAGAAAAUGUUUAAUACUUUCCUUCAGAACUAAAAACUGUAUCAACGUUUUACGGACACUUGAAAGUCGCUUUAGUGGACGCAUGGUUGCGGUGCACCUGCACGCGCGUGCAUGAUUCCGUAUUUGUUAUCAAUAGGAGGGCCGUAUGCCAAUGUCCUGGGCAUAUUGUGUAUAGUUAAAUGGGGCAUUUUUGAGACCCACAUGAAAUUGUUAUAUUCUGCACUGGUGUGAAAUAUUUUCGCUGUCCAACAGCACACAAAAACAGUUAUAGAAAUUCUGCAUAUGCUUAUGUAGGCGAGAAUAUCAACAACUUUGUUCAUGGUUGUUAUGAACAACAGGUGUUUUCGGCAAUUUAUAUGGACUUGAAGUUCUCCGUGAAGUGCUAUUUAUUUGUGGAUUUGCACGCCACGAAUAUUCAUUCAGUGUUGAUAUGGAUGAGUUUAGUUUUUUCAAUUGAAGGGAAAAUGUACUAACUCUAAGAGGCAUUUUUUUUAUGUCGCGUAUUUGCGAUGAAAAUCGUUCAAAAACCUAAAAUGUUUUGGCGUACCUCUCAAAAUCACUUUGCUAUAGCUUUAUUUUCUCGUUUAUGUCGUUAGCUACCUUUUGAAAUGCAUCUGCCGGUCGAGAAACAUAAAAUACUAGUUUAAAAAUUGUCAAUUAAAAAUACAAUUAUCAAUGAUUCUUUCAAAUUGACGCCCUAGCGUCGGUUGUUCGAAGCUGGAUUAGCGCUGGGUUGAAAUUUAAUCUGCUGUUUUGGUUUGUGUUUUUCUGCACGUCUGUUUAUUUCAAAAGUUCAGAAAAUAAAACUGCCGUUGAUCCAGACAAGAUUGCUGGGAAAAUAUUCCAUGUUUAUGAACAAGCUUUUGGGAAGAUUGUUUGAAGAUUUUGUUAACCCAUGCGGGAUUAACAUAACUGGCUCUUGAAUAAUCGGCCCGAGUUAGCAUAUUAAUUUAUACAGCAAAUUAAUUUUUAAAAAAUUACUAAACUUCGUGUAUUAUACGUCAUUUUCUCUUUGGCGUAUACCGACUAAAAUCGCUUCAUUUUUGCAUUAUUUUUUAGAUAAUGCUCUAAAUAUACUUUUUAAGAUUGUUUCCUGAUUGAGAAAUGUAUAAAAUAUUAAACAUGAUUUUUCUGUGUUGGUGUAAUGUACUCAGGUGAAUAUGAUGCUUGUGAUGUUACUCUGAGUGUAUAUCAACACCGGACAAGCUUGAUAUACACUCAGAGUAACAUCACAAGCAUCAUAUUCACCUGAGUACAUUACACCAACACAGAAAAAAUCAUGAUUACUAGAUUACAUUGAUAUCGAAGGAACUAGAUUCUGUUCCGAAAUAUCACAUACUCGAACCAAUCUGACCGCGUAGCUCAGUUGGCAGAGCAUUGGGCUAGUGUUCCAAAGGUCGUAGGUUCGAUUCCCACCGUGGUCAGGCAUAUUUUUCAAGCUUGCCCGGUGUGGAUAUACACUCAGAGUAACAUCACAAGCAUCAAAUAUUAAACAUUUAGAACGUAUUCAUAGGCAAAUACACUUUAAUUUUGAGCACGUGUUCUGUAAUGUACAAAGAAUCUUCUUUAAAUUAAUUGCAGUCUGCAGUCUUGGCACUACAACUAAUGAUUUGUUUGCUGUUCUUAGGAUCAAGAAGGAAUCUGUACUGGAAAGUAUUUCUCAGAGAAUGGAUUGCUAGGUCUCUUGGAACAAGCUGCUGCUGGAUUUAGCUUGGCUCACACGUAUGAAUGUGUGAACGAAGUUUAUAAAAUUUCUCUUCCAAUUUACGAGACUGCUCGAAAUUUCAAAAAGCUUUAUGAACUGCAUAUGAAAUUAUCGGGUGCUUUUGAUAAUAUUAUAAAAAAUGUAAGUGCAAAAUGGUGGUGAUCACACAGCGCUAGGAUUUAAUGCCGCACGGUACAUGUAUAGGUUAUAGUCAAAUAGUCAAAUAGUAUGAUGAAGUUGAUAUACCGCAGUGCGACAAUUGUGAUAUACUGUGUAGUAGAAUAGGAUGCAGUACCGGUUGUACGAUGGAUGGAUAGCGCUAUCCACCGGAUAAGUGACUUUUGCAACCUUUAAAAAUACCUGAAAAGCUGUACAACAACGGAUAUGGGCCUCGCAGUUGACAAAAAGAAAUUUAUUUAAGUUUAUAAAUCCGGGUUACACCAAUUAUGGCCAAUUUUUGAAAACUUGAAAAACUACUAUCCGCUAGAUAGAACUAGCGGCCCUCGUAGGUCAGGGCACCAGUACAAUAGGAUACAAUUCAUUGCAUAUCAGUGGAGUGUUGUGCAAUUCAGCACACCACAGUACACCGCUAUACAAAGUAGCACAUUACAGUACACUGCACAACGAAGUAUUGUGUAGUACAGUACCGUACAGUACAGUACAGUACAGUACAGUACAGUACAGUACAGUACAGUACAGUACAGUACAGUACAGUAAAGUACAGUGUUUUGAAGUAUAUUGUAAUGCAGGAUAAUAGAGUACAAUACAGGACAGUUCAUUGUAGUCAGUGCAGUACAGUGUACAGUAGUUGGUUGCAUUUCGGUACAGUGCAGUACAAUGCAGUGUACCCAUAGUGCAUUACGUGUCAUUUACCACGUUGCAGUGGAGAACAGUUUAGCACAAUACAGUAGGCUAUAUUGUUCAAAACUGCGUCAACGAUAAAGUUUAAGGCAUUUUGGAAGAACUGAAGCAUGCUUGCGUUUGUCCAUUUCUCCACUAACAUUCUCCAAUGUCUAUUUCAAUAUUUAGGAAGGAAAGAGGAUGAUGGGUACCUACUUUCGAGUUGGUUUCUUUGGCGAAAAAUUUGGUGAUUUAGAUGGUGAAGAGUUCAUCUAUAAGGAACCUGCAAUUACUAAACUGCCCGAAAUUUCUCUCCGAUUACAGGUAUAGUGUUACGAAACGGCGUUAGGGCCUUUCAUACCCUUUUGAGCAAAGGUACUACGGGUAUUUUGUGAUUAUUUCCUCACCUUUGUAUUUGGUCAUGAUGCUUUACUUGGCAAGACAGAGUUACUGCUAUGCAAAUUACUGCUGAGGCCAUUGUUGAUUUAUAGCUCAUGACGAAAUUUAUCUGUGCAAAGAUGAAAAGGGUGAUUUGAAACAUUGCUACCGAUGACGACGAAGGAUCAUAUUUUUGCAAAAACCUCGACAAUAACUUUAGAUAAUUAGUUUUGUUGUGCUUGCAUCGAGUCUCCAAACUAUGUCUUUUAGUAACUAACAACGCUAGUCUAUGCAUGUUUUCUAUAAUCUUUAUGUAACACGCAAUGUUGAAUUUUCUUAUUGUAACCUUGUUUAAUCGUUUAGUCAUUCUAUAAAGAUCGUUUUGGUGAAGAUUUUGUGGAAGUGAUCAAGGAUUCAAACACAGUAGACACAUCAAAACUAGAUCCUGAGAUGGCUUUCAUUCAAAUCACUUAUGUGGAACCAUACUUUGCUGAAUAUGAAAUGAAGGAUCGAAGGACGUACUUUGACAGACAUUACAAUAUACGUACGUAUCGUUAUACCCACUCUUGUAAUACAUUCAAAUGGGCACAACGAUUAAUUACAUGCCAUUGGCAAAAUAAUGGAAUAAAUCACGUUCCACGCUGUUCAAUACACCCUUCCGGAAAGUACGUCACUUUGUCUAUAGAGCCUCGUUUUCGUGUACGUGGCAUUGGUUAAAGCCUAACGUGGCAAUCAAGAAAUCAAGGCUCUAUAGCCAAGAUGACGUACUUUCCGGAAGCGUGUAUUACUAUUUUUAAUCAGAAGCUAAAUUUAACUUAUUGCACUAUCUUAUUAACUCUCUGACAAACGUUGGACUUCAGAGAGUUUCAACUGCGUAGAAUAUCUACUAUUUGCUCAAAAUUUGAAAACUUUACUGGAGUAAAAAUUUAUCAUCGACAGUUGUAUAAUCAAGUGCUUCAUCUUUCUUCCCAUAGGUCGAUUUGUCUUUGCAACACCAUUUACACCAUCAGGUCAAGCUCAUGCCGACAGUUUGGUGAAUCAAUAUAAGCGGAAAACAAUCCUAACUGUAUCUCAUGCUUUUCCAUAUUUAAAGACAAGGGUGAAUGUCAUUGACAAGGAAGAGGUAUGUUUUCAAAUGCCACAGCAGGUAUUUUUGGAUGCUUCACGCAGCAGAAUGUAUUGUCUAAAAGCCAUACCAGUCGACCUUUUGUUGCGGAGAGGAAUUUUGGUAUUGGCAUUAUCUAAUUAUUUCUAAAACAUAGUUGUGGUGCAAUAUUUUAUCGGUAUAGAACUGGCUGAGUUAGCACCCAGUAUAAGUAUAGGUAACCAUGCGAUGGCGAGUACAAUUAGGGAUGAAUAGUAUGAGUGAUGUUUGAAAAUUUUGCCAAAAUUGCCGGUCGAGCCGCCGGGGCGAUUCCAAUUUGGCAAAUUUCCAAACAUUAAUCCCUAAUUGUACGAGCAACAUCGCAUGAUUACUUGUUUAUUUUUAGCAUGACAAAACUGGAUUCUUCUUAAUGUCAACAUCAUAUUCUCUCGCCAAAGCCCAGUCCUGCCAGACUUUCAACCAAAAUUUGGUGCUUUUGUUCGUAUUUUCAUUUAUUUCUUUUGCUUUAAGUUCCUCUAGGGCAAUUUCAUUUGUGUUUAAAUACCUUUCCGCCAUUUUGUUUGUUUUGGGAAACUCAUUAACUGUACUGCAGCACAAUUAAUGAAAUAAUUGGACUCCUCUCAACCAAUCAGCAUCCAGUAAUUUUGUCAUGCUAAUAAUAAACAAUGUUAACAGUAUAAACGGUUCUGAUCACUUGAAUAUAUAAUGUGGCCACUUUAUAUACAAAGGGUUAUCCUGCUGCAAACACCCCUGAAUUAUUUGUCAUAAAUUUUCUGGGCAGAUCACGUUGACCCCUAUCCAAGUAGCAAUUGAAGAUAUCCAAAAGAAGACCAAAGAACUAAAGUCCGCUGUUUUACAAGAACCUCCUGAUAAGAAAAUUCUCCAGAUGGUUUUGCAAGGCUGUGUUGGAACUGCUGUUAACCAGGUUAGAACCAGUUUGUGAAGGUUUUUGGUUUGUCAAACUUGUAUGCGAGCUCAGCUUGACGAGAUGACAAUUGUAAAACAUGGCUCGUACGCCCCUUGGAAAUCGUGGAAAACCCAGGGGUUGUCUUAGUCCAAGAAACUUCUUGAAAAGUCUUGGAAUGCUGAAUUUGCGUGUAAGAUACUUAUACCUGGUUUCCAUAUAUGGUCGUAAAGAUUGAGUCACGAUCUUUCUCAUCAGCCGAAAUACAACAUUUUAGAACUGAAAAUACGCGGAGUAAUUACAACUAGAGAAUACUUAUGAUUUAUAUGUGGUUUACAGGUAUAAACUAUAUUAUAAACUGGCCGUUGAGAAAGAUCGUGACUCUAUUUUUACGACCAUACGACCUUAUGGAAACCAGGCUUUAGAGGAUUAAACAUUCUGUUUCAAAACGAUUUUACGACAAAAUUUGUAAAUCGAUUGCAUAUAGCAUGUUGAUCUUUUUCGAUGGUGAUAUUACUUAAUUUUAGUGAUAUUUUUGGUGAAAAACCAGUCGACUUAUUUGCAAAAUUACUUUUGUCGUAUUUCAAAAUAUAUACCCUGGAAAACGAGAGGAAAAAGUGGUUGAAAAUCCUGGAUUUUUAGAAUUAUGAAGAUGUACGAACGCUGAUAAAUAGGAAGUGCUGCUAGUAAAGUAUAUUGUAUUCCUAUACAUUACCGGUUGUACGAUGCCUGUGUAUUGUUGGAAGGCGGUGGAUAAGUCAGAAUUACCAGAUAAGUCCCGAAGGCGGCAGAUAAGUCAUAUAGGUCCCACAUACAGCAUCCUCCGAAUGAGUGAACAAAUCCCAUGCAUAACAAACACAUAUAAUUGCAUAGUGUUACCUGUUCUCAACGGUGAUGGUAAAAUGAAGUCCAUUCAAAAUUAUUUCCUCCUUGUUCCGAAUCAUCCUUGUUCCUAGAGCUUCUCGGCUGCGGGCUGCCUGUGAAGUUCUUGGGGACGAAGAUGGUUCCAAAGGAGGAUGGGACCGAAUGUGUCUGGUUUGACGCCCAGUACUCUGGCCAUGCACUGAUAUACAGAUAUACGCUCCGUUAAGGCAUUCAGAGUACAUAUGUUGAACAUGUACGCCUAGCUUUUCGGACACAAUAGUUUGAUGAUGGAGGUUAAACCAGUCAGGAAUGGUAGUAUUACUUGAAUGCAGGUCAAAUUUAUAGUCUUCUGUUAAGUAAGGGAGAUUGGGUUCGUCAUUGACUUUUUUUCUAGCAAGGGAUGUGACUGUUGGGUGUGACGUGAAACUCUUGAGUUCUCCGGCACUUCUCCGUCUCCCUAAUCCUGUAAACUGCAUGCUUUUUAUUUAUUAAAGUGCGACUAACCGCAAAUAUAAUGUUUGGUAUGUGUAAUAUUUGGGUCAUUCUAAGAAGAAAUGUAAUAUAUCUUUAUAGUAAAAAUCCUCAUCUUGAUCAACUUUUUCACUGUCAAAGUUUACGAAUAUGAUGUCAUUAGGUGAAUUUAAAAUUUUUGGUACAAAAACCAAAGGAAAACUAAUUCGCUAUUCACCUGAUGACAUCAUAUCCGCAAACUUUGGCAGUGAAAAAGUUGAUCAAAAUGGGAUUUUUUAUUAUAAAGAUAUAUAACAUUUCGUCUUCGAAUGACCCAAAUAUCACAGAUACCAAAAAUCGUAUUUGUGGUUAGUCGAACUUUAAACAAUUACGCAUUCCUGUUAAAAUGUGUCAUCCUUGUCUAGCUGCUCAUUUCUUAUGUCGACUACCGCACACAGGACAAACCCCAUCUUGGAUGAGAUGUAAUUGUAUUAUUUUACAAUUUAUUAUUUCUAUCAAUCUCUUUCAGGGUCCACUGGCAAUGGCCGUAGCAUUCUUGUCCGAUUUCCAUCACGACAAUGAUAGUAAUAAAGAUAAGCAUUUGAAUAUCAGCCGCGACCAUCAUAAGUUACGCCUGUGCUUUAAAGCAUUUGUGAAAUGGUAGGUUUGCAUCAAUUUCAUGAACUACUUAAUUAAAAUUUUUACGCUUUCGAAACGUCAUCUGGACACUACCUAUUUAGUUUAUAUAGACAUUAUAAAUUAUUAGAGGGGGCAUUUCGCAGGGGGGGAUAAAUCGAGUCAAACGAAAGGGGCAAAUUUAAACUUGCCAGUUGGGGCCAAUUCAUGUGCAAAAAUGAUUUAUCUUUAAUUCAAGUGUUAAAUCCUGGUUUUAUCGACAGUCCUGACUGUAUUACUUUUACUUGUUGGGAAAAUUGAGUGUCGUUUCCUUUCAUGAAAAUGGCAAAAAUUGCAACGUACCGAAAAGCAACGAAGCAAAUUUGGCCUUUCAAUACAAAAAAAAGUUUUGGAACAGUAACAAUGUUUUAAAAGUUUUUCUUGAUUUUUAGCUUUUAGUCUUUGCUUUAUCUACGUUAGAUAACUGGAAAAAAACGAUGUUUUUAUAGAUGUAAUAUUUUCUUCGCUGUACGUUUUUUUAUAAUCUUUAUGAUUUAAUCAUCACUCUACCCUUCUUUCUGUGUUUAUUCUUGUCAAUGGUUAUAAUAUCGCAUGAUUGUUGUUGUCGUAGGAAUUGACUGUCUUGUACAUAUAUGAACACCUAUUUAUUCCCUUUACUCGCUAUAUGCGUGCCAGACAGAGCACAUGCAUUUCAACAGAUCUAGAACUAGAAAUUCACACUUGGGUUAACUGCAAUUUCUAGCUGUGGCGAGGCACUGAAAAAGAACAAAGAGUUGAUAACAGAAGAGCAAAUCCCAUAUCAAAAAGAACUCCGAAGAAAUUACAAAGCUUUACAAGAACAACUCAAUCCUUUGUUGAAGAACAGAUUUGGUACAUUACGAGGCUCUAUGGGAAUGAGAAAAAAGUAAGUAUAUUGAGCAGCUACUGUGAACAUGAUAAAUUGACCCAUAUACCUUCUUUUCUGGCAUCAACCCAUUAUAUAUAUAUAUAUAUAUAUAUAUAUAUAUAUAUAUAUAUAUAUAUAUAUAUAUAUAUAUAUAUAUAUAUAUAUAUAUAUAUAUAUAUAUACAUAUAUAUAUAUAUAUAUAUACAUGGAUUUGUGGUUAAUGCUCAACAACUGGACUUUGUAUAGCUCAGUUGGUUAGAGCGUGGCCAGUUUCGCAACUGAAAGAAUUUUUUUGGGGAGGAAGGGUUGUAUAUUGCAUGAUUCCAUACCAAAUCCAUUUUCUUUUGUUUGUGGUUAAUAGGGAAUCAGUAGCUUUACGGAAGAUAUCAAUGGGACUCCCACUACAAGGCGUGUCAAAAGCCUGAGCAAGACGAGGUUUGCGGUAUGCUACGUUAACCAACAAAUUUGUGUAAAACAAUUUAUGCACUUGUGUUUCGUUCUUUGGCAAAGUGGCUAGAAUGCCGGAACUGUGACCGUAGUACGGUUCUUCUCCAGACAAGGAAUUGCUCGAGUAGAAAUGACACUAAUAAUUGAAAUUGAAUAUUAGAGAGAGUACAGUCAUCAAAAGCACACAAUGUGUAUAUAGUUGGUCAGUUCAUUGAACUUGAAGGACUUUAGGAUUUCGUCCAGACUAAGAUAAAAAAGAUUAAAUCUUUUGAUUAAAUUCUGCGGUGCUUGCUUUAGUUACAACCUUCCCAAGCAUCGCAACACGAUCCCAAAUUUAAGCACCUUGAUGAUCUAAUUAGUUUCGAUGGAUUUAUCGAGAUAAAAUUAUCAUGUUAAAUGUAGUAAAGUAAAAUACUGCUGUAAAUAAAUUAUCUGAACUUGAAUAAAUUACUUUAUAGAAUAUGA